AUGACCAGUAGACAUACUCGGAGCAACGCACAAGGACCACUACAUCAGCUGACUAACGAAGAACUCGCAAGAUUAGAAAGACAGAACCGUCAACAGCCAAGAACAACCGACACCAACAUGGGUGAUCAUGGCAAUAUGGAUGACCUCACUGCUGCAUUGGCACUCAUUCAACAACAAAUGCAGAAUCAGCAACAGCAGAUGCAGCAAACCAUCCAGAAUCAGCAACAAGCUGCACAAGAGCAAGCAGCCGAGAACGCUGCGCGAGAGGAGCGUGGUGCUCUUAUUGGGGAGCGAAACCUUCCGAGGAAUUUUGCUACUAACCGCUCUCCCAUCAACCCUCCACCCUGUACUCGACAGGAUUAUGAGAUCAAACCUGCACUGAUUGGUCUAGUACAGAAGAGCACAUUCAGUGGCCUCACUUCAGACAUACCAAUGGACCACAUAGAGGCCUUUGAGAGGAUCUGGAAAGCUGCACGUUGGCUGCAAUCUCUCCCAACCGGUUCUCUAACCUCAUGGGACCAGGUUCGAUCAGCAUUCCUGAGCCACUUCUACACAAAAUCCAAAACCGCGGCUCUAAGGCAUAGAAUCUCCAACUUCAAGCAGAAAUCUGAUGAACCCUUUUAUGAAGCUUGGGAGAGGUAUAAAGAGUACCAGAGGGAAUGUCCACACCACGGGUUUGAUGACGAUUACAUAUUGGAGGUGUUCUACGAUGGAGUGAGCUAUGAGUACCGGAACACCCUUGAUUCCUCUAGUAACAGAGACUUCAUGACUCAGACCACUCCUGGUGCAUUCGCGCUGAUUGAGAACAUGGCUUCUAGUUCACUCAACAAGAACAAGGAGCAUGAUCGCUCUAAAAGUGUGAACAGCAUAGACGAUAUAGCGGCGAAGAUGGACCAACUGCUGAAGGGAAACCAGAGCCAGGUCUUCAUAAUGGAAGAAGCAACUCCUGAGAAGAAUGCGGGGGAUAAGGCGUUUGAAGCUGAGCAGGCAGGAGACGAUCAGCAGGAAGUGAGUUACGUAAAUGGACAAGGGUGGCAGCUGAAGAAUUAUCACCCAAACCCUAACGUAAGGAACAAUCCACAACUCUUCUGGCCUAAGCAGGACAAACAAGUUGAUCCGGCGCAGAACAACCAGGGCCAGUAUUCGGGAUAUCAGAAGAACUAUCAGCCCCGAACAUAUGUUCUAAGCCAACCGCAGAGCAAUCAGCCUCAAAUACAGAACCACCAGAACACUCAAGUCGCUACCUCCACCCUUGUCGCUGUUCCGCAAGAUGAAACUAAAACCAUGCUGCAGCAACUCCUCCAAGGACAACAGCUCCAAGGGAAAGCGCUGAACCAGGUCACCACUGAGAUCAAUACUAGGAUGAACCAUAUGUUCGGAGACCUGAGCACCAAAUAUGAUAAUGUCGCAAGCCAUAUGAGACAGAUGGACAUUCAGAUAGCUCAGACUGCCGAGAGUGUCAAGAGACAGCAAGGUACUCUACCUGGUAAAACAGACAAAAACCCUAAGGAGUGCAAUGCGGUUCAGCUAAGAAGCGGGAAGCAACUUUCCGAGCCAGAAAGGAGAAGGUUCACCGCGGCUGAGAAAGGCAAGCAGAAAGAGUUAGAACAACCUCCAGCCGACCAAGCAGAUGAGGGGAAUACAGAGCCGGUAGUUGAAACAGUCUCGCCAGGCUCAGAACAACCGUCUGAAGCAGUGCGCCCGAUUCCAGAGGCUGUUCCUCCUCGCGAAUACAUUCCAAAAGUCCCUUACCCUGUUCCAGCGAAGGUCACUCGUAAGGACAAGGAGGAAAUAAAAUGCAGGAAGAUGCUGGAAGAUCUAACCGUCCGACUUCCCUUGAUGGAUGCGAUUCAGAUGAUGCCCUCCAUGCGUAGCUUUAUGAAGGGGUUGAUCUCAGGCAAAAUAUCAGAGGAGAGUGAGUUCAUGACAGUUUCCAAGGAGUGCAGCGCAGUGCUUCAGAACAGGCAGAUUAAAAAACGAGGAGAUCCCGGCAAAUUUGUCCUCUCUAUCCAGAUUGGGAAGACAGUUUUCGCCUGCUCCUUGGUGGAUCUUGGGUCCAGCGUGAAUCUCAUGCCGUACUCUGUAGCUCUACGACUCGGAUACACGCAUUUCAAACCAACUAAGAUGUCCUUGGUUUUCGCAGACAGAUCAGUCAAAUCCCCUGUUGGUAUUCUAGAGGAUCUCCAAGUGAAAGUAGGGAACACCACGGUUCCAGCAGACUUCGUUGUUCUGGAAUUGGAAGAAGAGUCUAAGGACCCCCUCAUCUUGGGAAGACCAUUCUUAUGUACUGUCGGAGCUAUCAUUGAUGUGCGACAGGGGAAGAUUGAUCUGAAUCUUGGGGACAUUGUUAUGCAAUUUGAAAUGGAUGAGUUGCUAAAGAAGCCGAUGUUGGAUGGCCAAACCUUUGAGGUCAAUGAAGGAAUUGAUCCGCUCCAACCACAAGAAGGAAUGAUAGAGGAGAUUCUUACCGAAGAUCCACUGGAACUUGCACUAGUGCGUGCUGAAGCCGAGCAGAGUAUGGUGAACAUCGACGCUGAUGGAUAUGCCAAGAUGCUUGACUCCGCAAGGAGUAUGGGGAGAAUGGUGCGAGACCACUCCAUCUGGAGCGACCCUAAACCGGACCAACCAGAGGAUCCCUGGAGCGAGCUCAAGGCUCCCAAGGUUGAGCUAAAACCCCUUCCCAAAGGGCUCAGGUACGCUUUCUUAGGUCCGAAUUCCACAUAUCCUGUCAUUGUGAAUGCUGAGCUGAAUAAUGUGGAAACUGCAUUGCUUUUAUGCGAGCUUAGAAAAUAUCGUAAGGCAUUAGGAUAUUCGCUAGCUGACAUCCCUGGUAUUUCGCCUGAUUUAUGCAUGCAUAGAAUCCACUUGGAAGAUGAAUCAAUGACUUCUGUCGAACAUCAGAGGAGGUUAAACCCGAAUCUAAAAGAUGUCGUUAAGAAAGAGAUAAUGAAACUUCUUGAAGCAGGUGUGAUCUAUGCGAUUUCAGAUAGUAAAUGGGUCAGUCCUGUUCAUGUCGUACCUAAGAAAGGUGGGAUCACUGUUAUCACAAAUGAAAAAGAUGAAUUGAUCCCUACUAGGACAGUGACAGGACAUCGCAUGUGCAUAGAUUUCAGGAAAUUAAAUGCAGCAACUCGAAAGGAUCACUUCCCACUCCCUUUUAUUGAUCAAAUGCUUGAGAGAUUGGCUAACCACCCAUAUUACUGCUUUUUAGAUGGUUAUUCAGGUCUCUUUCAGAUUCCCAUCCAUCCAGACGAUCAGGAGAAGACGACGUUCACAUGUCCCUACGGAACGUACGCUUACAGGAGAAUGCCAUUCGGCUUGUGCAAUGCGCCAGCAACAUUCCAGCGCUGCAUGAUGUCGAUCUUUACUGACCUGAUUGAAGACAUUAUGGAAGUUUUCAUGGAAGAUUUCAGCAUCUAUGGAAGCUCCUUUAAUGCCUGUUUGUCAAACUUGUGCAGGGUUCUUAAAAGGUGUGAGGAGAAACACCUCGUACUCAACUGGGAGAAAUGCCACUUCAUGGUCACAGACGGGAUUGUUCUAGGGCACAAGAUCUCCGAGAAAGGAAUUGAGGUGGAUAAGGCAAAGAUCGAAGUGAUGAUGAGUUUGCAACCACCAACAAACGUGAAGGCCAUCAGGAGUUUCUUGGGUCACGCUGGGUUUUACCGACGGUUUAUCCAGGACUUCUCGAGGAUAGCAAGACCACUCACCAGACUGCUCUGUAAGGAGAUCAAAUUUUAUUUCGACAGUGAGUGUCUAGCUGCUUUCCACACCAUCAAGGGAGCUCUAGUCAGCGCACCUGUUGUGCAACCACCAGACUGGGACCUACCCUUUGAAAUCAUGACUGAUGCAAGCGAUUUUGCAGUUGGAGCAGUACUUGGGCAGCGUAAGGACAAGAAACUUCAUGUGAUCUAUUACGCUAGCAAAACUAUGGAUGAAGCUCAGUGCAGAUAUGCUACAACUGAGAAAGAGCUUCUGGCUAUUGUUUUUGCUUUCGAAAAAUUUAGGUCCUACCUAGUGGGAUCUAAAGUGAUUGUGCACACAGACCAUGCUGCUCUUAAGUACCUGCUCACAAAGAAAGAUGUGAAACCAAGGUUGUUAAGGUGGAUUCUUCUUCUCCAAGAAUUUGAUCUAGAGAUAAAAGACAAGAGAGGUGUCGAGAAUGGGGUCGCUGACCAUCUAUCCAGAAUGAAGAUUGAGGACGACACAACUCUUGAUGAGGAACACCCAGUUGAACACGUCAACGCGAUUGGUCUGUGUUACGCGGAACAAUCUAUAAGAACCGCAUCAGACUGCUCCAGCAUCGCGGAACAACCUCCGAGGAAGGCGCCCGAUUGUUCUCACAUCUCGAAACAUCCUGUCGCCUUGAUCCAAAAGCAAUAUCCUCACCUCCCAUGGUUUGCUGAGAUUGCUAACUAUCUAGCUGCUGAAAAGCCACCACUUAAGUUUACAGGAAACGAUAAGAGGAAAUUCCUGAGAGAGGCUAGGCGUUAUGUUUGGGAUGAACCGUUCUUGUACAGACAAGGCAAGGAUGGUUUGUUCAGAAGGUGUGUUCCAGAGGCAGAUAUCCCAGGAAUUCUGCACCACUGCCAUGGUUCAUCUUACGCAGGUCAUUUUGCUGCCUUCAAAACGGUUUCUAAGGUCCUCCAAGCAGGAUUCUGGUGGCCGACUAUGUUCAGGGAUGCUCAAGCCUACGUAGCCAGGUGCGAUGCAUGCCAGCGACUUGGAAACAUCAGCAAGAGGAAUGAGAUGCCUCAGAAUUACAUUCUAGAGGUUGAGGUAUUCGACUGUUGGGGAGUCGAUUUCAUGGGACCAUUCCCUGCGUCCUUCAAGAACGAGUACAUCCUUGUCGCCGUUGACUACGUGUCUAAGUGGGUAGAAGCAGUAGCAAGCCCUACGAACGAUGCAAAAGUGGCGACUAAGAUGUUCAGCUCAAUCAUAUUCCCAAGGUUCGGAGUGCCUAGGGUCGUAAUCAGCGAUGGUGGAACACACUUCAUCAACAAGGCAUUUCAGGGCCUUUUAAAGAAGAAUGGAGUGAACCACAAAGUGGCAACCGCUUACCAUCCACAGACGAGCGGACAGGUUGAGGUGUCCAACAGGGAGAUCAAAAGCAUCCUGCAGAAAACUGUCAACACUUCGCGAAAGGACUGGUCGCUUAAGCUGGACGAUGCGCUAUGGGCCUACAGAACAGCCUACAAGACGCCGCUAGGAACGACCCCCUACCACCUUGUGUAUGGUAAAGCAUGUCACCUCCCCGUCGAGCUUGAAUACAAAGCCGCAUGGGCAGUCAAGCUACUGAAUUUUGACAUCAAGCCAGCGACCGAGAGACGCAUGAUCCAGAUUCAUGAACUGGAGGAGAUAAGGCACCUCGCCUAUGAAAGCUCCAAAAUCUACAAAGAGAAAACCAAGGCCUACCAUGACAAGAGGAUCAUUGCCAGACAAUUCGAACCCAACGAUAAGGUCUUGCUUUUCAAUUCAAGGCUGAGACUGUUCCCAGGGAAGUUGAAGUCUAGAUGGUCCGGGCCUUUCACUGUUAAGGAAGUUCGACCCUACGGAGCAGUUGUGCUAUUAGACAGAAAAGGGGACGAGUUUGUAGUGAAUGGACAGCGCGUCAAGCACUACCUUGCUGACUCCACUAUCGCAGAGGGAGAAGAGAUUCCCCUAAGCGAGCCCCCAUCAGCCUGAUCGAUUGAUCCAAGUCGAGCUAAUGACUUUAAACAAGCGCUUGGUGGGAGGCAACCCACUGGUCAGUACAUACAUUGUCUACAUAGUCUGUUCUUUUCCUUUUCUAAUUUAUUUUGCAGGUAAAAA